AUGGCGUCGCGGGCCCUCAUUCCCUUUCUCGUGGCCAUGAUGCUACUGACGGGUGCUAACGUCGUCUUCCGCGUCCAGGACAUGCAAUGCGUCCGCAACUGCGAUGCGAAAGACCCCACGAAACGGGCUUACUUCAAUCAGCCUGUUUUACAGACUGCUCAAAUGUUUGUUGGUGAAAUGGGCUGCUGGCUGGUCGUCGGCCUAAUGACCCUGUACCGCCGCUACGGUCCGGGGACAUCUCCCGCCACGGAUGGCUACCAGGCCGUCAACACGAACGACACCGAUGACGCCAACGCCCCUCUUGUCAACAAUCCCGACGGCAUUCCGAAGCCGCAAGAGCAGGAGCAAGGAUCCAUCCUGCGCGGCCCCCGUAUCCUUUUGCUGGCCCUUCCAGCCAUUUGCGAUAUCCUCGGUACGACGUUGAUGAACAUUGGCCUUCUGCUGGUUGUUGCUUCCAUAUACCAAAUGACUCGAGGUGCUUUGGUGCUCUUUGUUGGAGUUUUCAGUGUCGUGUUCCUCAAGCGACGACUCUUCUUGUUCCAAUGGCUUUCCCUCGUCGGUGUCGUAGUGGGUGUUGCGAUCGUUGGCUUAGCUGGAGCCAUCUACCACGAGAGCGAGAGCAAGACAGAGAACGCCGCCGACGAGGGCGCUCCAGCAUCUAACGCCUUGUUAACCGUCAUUGGAGUUCUGCUCAUUGCUGGAGCGCAGGUCUUCACGGCUACUCAGUUCGUCCUCGAGGAGUGGAUCUUGGAAAGAUCGGCCAUCGAGCCCAUUAGGGUCGUGGGAUGGGAAGGUCUCUUCGGUUUCGUUGUGACUAUUAUUGGGAUGAUCGUCCUGCACUUUGCCGUUGGACGCACUGCCGCCGGAAAGAACGGCUACUUCGACAUGGCUGAAGGCUGGAGACAGCUCACUCAGAAUAGAGCCAUCGGGUUGUCCAGCAUUCUGAUUAUGAUCAGUAUUGGCGGAUUCAACUUCUUUGGUCUCUCCGUUACCAGAAGUGUCAGUGCCACCUCGAGGUCAACAAUCGACACAUGUAGGACGCUAUUCAUCUGGAUAGUUUCCCUCGGGCUGCGCUGGGAGACCUUUAAGUGGCUGCAGGUUAUGGGGUUUGCCCUGCUUGUCUACUUUACCUUCCUAUUCAACGGAAUCGUCCAGCCUCCCUUCAAGUUUUUGGUUCCCGAGGAAGAGGUGGAAGAACUGCUGCCAGAGGAGCCGAUUGAGCAUCAGUAG